GGGAGGGGGGUAAGUGAGAGAAGGAGGUAGGGAAGGAAGAAUGAGAUAAGGAAGAGUCAAGGAAGCAUCCUGUGAGUGCUCCAAAGAAAAGUUGGCCAUCGGACGUUCCGGACGUGUCUCUCAGUCAGAAGAUGAGUGCACACCCGCCCCCAUAUGCUCCGCCUCCUCCGGCCCCAGGCUUGAGCCCGCCCGGAACAUACCCCAGCCUCCCUUACCAGGCAGCAGACUCCUCCUACUACCACUAUGUGAAUCCGCCUCCUGGCUACCAGACCAAUUAUUAUGGCGGGCCUUCUGGGCACCCCCUUAGUUGGGACGCUCCGAAGCCCUUCGGGGGUCCGCCCAAGAACACAGUGUACGUGGUAGAAGACAACCAGGAGGCGCGCCAUGGCGGCAGUGGGGGCGGAACUUUGAAGUCAUGCUUGUCGGCGUGCUCCACUGUGCUGUGCUGUUGUUGUAUUUGGGACCUGUUGACCCGCAACUUCUGUUGACCGUUCCCCUUUCACAGCAGUAAAAUCAA